GGUUCCCCUUGGCGAUGACGAACGGCGGCACAGCCCUGGAUGACGACUGCCCGGCGAGUUGUCGCGGGGCAUGUUCCGGAUUGAGCGCGUGCACGGGAAAAUCACGCUUGUCUAUCUCGUUUAUCUCCGGUUUAUCGCCGGCGACGACAGGAACGCGCGACGCGAACGGAGAAGCGACACGAGGGGUGACGCGUAUAUGCGUGCGCGCGUUCUAGGUUAAUCUCGCACCAAUUGCGACGAGCAACACAACACGGGACAAAGCGCUGAUACGCGUAAGCGCGUUUGUUCCGUUUCCUACUCCCGGCUGGACUUUCCGAUGAGCAACGUCGAGGUACGGACUGCUCUGCGGGAAAACAUGACUGUGGGGACGAAAGGAGAGCCUGCGAUGAACGCGGGCGAGAACGGCAACGAUGAACGAGGCGCGGACUCGCCUAUGUCGGACGCGAAGGGAAAGGAUGUCGAGAACGAGCUGCUGGACCAUGUGGCCAACAGCAGGGCGACUUUCAAGAGCCAGCAGAAAGGGGAACCCGAGCUGACGUUCGAGGAGAAGCGUGCCAUAGCCGGGAAACUGUUGGAGAGGAGCCGCAGCCUCUUCCUCUCCAAAUUUGGGCGCUACUUGAAGGUAGAUCACCUGGAGCACUUCGGCGACAGCCAGGACUACGAGACGGUCUACCACGUCAACAGGCUGCGGAGGUACUUCAAUAAUUCCGCGCGGCACAUCGACGUCCGGAAUAGAAGGUACGAGGCGCUCAGGACGCUGGUAGAGAAGAGCGACUACUUCAGCGAGUGCGAAAUGAUGAAGAGAAACCCGUUGCUGUACGAGCACCUGGUAGGGCAAUAUCUGACGGAGGAGGAGAAGAAGGCGAGGGACAGCGUUGAUACGCAGAGCUCAAAUUACAUAGAUAUACUCAUGGAGACUGUCGAGAGGGACAAGUUGCAGCAACGCUUGAAAUCCCAACAGACGGAGGAGGACAAGGUACGAGAGGAUAACGAUUCGGACGAGGAUGACGACAGCAGCAGGAACAGUACUGUAUCAAAAGCACAUCUCGACAAGCAGAGUCGCAGUCGCCUGUGGGGCGAAGAUCUCAGUGAUACGAAGGAUAAGAACAAGGACAGAGACAAGAAAAUGCAAGGCAGUAAAAUACAUAAGAUAUCGAGCCAGGAAAUAAAGCUGCUUAGGCAAGAAUUUGUCACCAACAUGUAUCAGAGUUUCCUGGAUGGUAAAGAUAGAGAUUUCGACUAUAGCACUGUCGACGACAAUGAGACUUACGAUAACGUGGAAUUGAGAAAUCAAGAUGAGGAAGAAAAAUAUUUUGAUUCUGAAGCCCCUGAAACUGUUACGCCAUGUAAUAAGUGCAAUGAUCAAAACGAGUCUGAAGACGAGUUGGAUGUAUAUAUGAGAUCACUGAAGGAACAGACUCCUACAAAUGCACACUCUUUGGAUAAUCAGACAUAGCCCUGCGUACGUUGGGUUGCGAUAAAUAUAUAUUUGUACUUAA